AUGGCUGCCGCUGGCGCCAACGCCAACAUCGACUCCAACGCCCUGCUGGCCUUCUUUACGCAGAUGGACGAUCAGGGCGGUGUCAUUGUCAGAGGCCGUACCCGCUUUGAGCGUCUCUUUCUCAUCGGCCGGAGCUGCGUACCGCUCUGUGUUGACGCCCUGAAGGCCGCAGUCGCCGAAGCCAAGGCGGGUGCAGAUGUCCAACGUUACCGAGACGCCUUUGAGUGCAUUCACAUCGCCGCCCCUAAUGAGCCAGAGGCCUUGUUCGACCAGGAAUGGGUUGAAAACACGGAGAGGGCCAACAAGGCCAAGACUCACCAACUCGAGAGCGAGCUGAAGGGUUAUAAGAUGAACCUCAUCAAGGAAAGCAUUCGGAUGGGAAACGAGGACCUUGGCCGUCACUUUGAGGAGAUCGGCGAUCUUAACAACGCCGGCGAGGCUUACAGCCGCAUGCGCCCAGAUGUCAGCACCUCGAAACACAUCAUCGACGUCGGCAAGCACCUCGUCAGCGUGACGCUCCAGCGCCGGGAGUGGCCCAUGGUCAUCGCCAAUCUUAGCAAGAUCACUGGCGUCCAGAACGGAGAGGAAGAGAAGGGUCUGCAGCCGUACACCAAGAUCGUCCAGGGCAUCGCUUUCAUGGGCCUCGAGAAGUUUGAGGAUGCAGCCAAAAGCUUCUUGCAGAUUGAUGCCGGCAAAGAGGGUGCUGGCAAGGAGGGUGCGGAGUACAAAACUAUUGCAAGCCCCAACGACGUGGCAGUGUAUGGUGGUCUCCUUGCUCUUGCGACGAUGGAUCGUAAGGACCUGCAGACCCGAGUUCUGGACAACCAGAAUUUCAGAACGUUCCUGGAGCUGGAGCCUCACAUCCGCAAGGCCAUCUCACUCUUCGUCAACGGCCGCUACUCGGCAUGCCUCGCGAUCUUAGAGGCGUACCGUGCCGACUACCUCCUGGACAUCUAUCUCCAGAAACACGUCCCCGCUCUCUACUCCCAGAUCAGGAGCAAGUGCAUCGUGCAGUACUUUAUCCCUUUUUCCUGCGUCACUCUGAGCAGCCUGGAGGAGGCCUUUGCGGUUCCCGGUAAGCCGCUCGUCGACGAGCUCGUUGGCAUGAUUCGGAGCGGUGUUUUGCAGGCCCGCAUCAACACAAUUGACAAGACGUUGGUCGCCGUGUCUCCGAACCCCCGAGCGACUUUGCAAAGGUUGGUCCUUGAUACGAUCGAUGCCUACGAGCGAGACGCCACCGAGCGGAUCCGGCGCAUGAGCAUUAUCGCGGCAGACAUGGAGGUGAAGAACGCGCGCAAGGGAAACGCACACGCCGGGACACAAGGCAUCGACGAGCUCUGGCUCGAGCAGGCCAACCGGGCAACGGCCGCCGGCGGCGAGGCGAGCUGA